AUGGACAAGUCGGCAACGCCAUGUCAGGGCUCCUUCAGAAACUCGUCGGCGCCUGGACGAUUUCGAGCUGGAGGACGAGCCUUGGAUGGCGCGGUAACUGCUCGAACUCGACGCGUUAGUCGACUGGACAAUGCACUCGAAGAUGCAAGAACAAGCUUUGGAUGCUCUCCGUUCUGCACACCGCGGCUAGUGCGCAAGCAGAUCCCAGUGGCGAAAGUCAAAAUCAACAAUGCAGCGGUUGAUACCCUCCAAACUGUCUACGAUCGAGUAGAACAGCGCAAUAGUUCGCUAACGGAUCUACCAGCUCGAAUACCAGCUUUCUCGCCGAUACAACUACAAUGUGCAAAGCAGGCAGUGCAAGUUUUCGUUGACCAGAUGCGGGACGUAGCUGACACCGCAGAUUCGCAAGCCAGAGCCACUUUAGUACGAGCUUUGACCAACGACAAGCUGAAUCAACUGAAUGACAUCACAUGCUGGUAUUCAGUGGGGAAAGAGAUCGGUCGAGGGACGUUUGGCCGCGUACGCUUCGCCACCCACAGACUGAGUGGCACCCCCGUGGCAAUCAAAAGCUACGCGCGUUUGCACGGUGCCAGGUCCUGUUUAGCCGUGGACGCAAUUGGUAAGCGGGUUAUUGGGGACUGCUAUGGGGAUGCACUCGAGUGGCGGCGAGUUCGACAAGAGGUACACGUUCUUUCACGCUUACACGCACACCCCAACAUCAUGCGCUUUGUGGAGGUAUUCGAGACACCAACGAGGAUACACGCCGUCACAGAGCUGAUAAAAGGCACCAGUUUGUGCGAUAUACUUCGUCGUGCUCCCGGUCAACGACUUUCAGAAGCUCGAGCUAAAGGACUAUUUCGACAAAUCGUUGCGGGGGUGGCAGCACUUCAUGCUCAGCGUGUAAUCCACCGCGACUUAAAACUUGAAAAUAUCUUGCUGGACGAAAGCUCGGGGCACGCAACAGUGAUCGAUUUUGGCUUCAGCGACUUCGAAGAGUGCAGCGACCCCCAAACGCUUAAUCUAGCUGAUGACAGAGCUCAGAAGAAGAGAAUGAGGAAGAAAAACUUUUGUGGGACUCCGUCGUACAUGGCUCCUGAGGUCGUUGCAAGUGAACGAUAUGAUGGGAGGCCGGUGGAUAUUUGGAGCCUUGGUGUUUUGCUUUACGUGAUGCUCUGUGGUAAAUUCCCCUUCCAGGGUGUUAGCUUCCACCAACUUUACCAGAAGCUCCGUAGUGGAUCGCAGCAACUGGUACUGCCGCCGGCGCUUUCGAUCGAAGCGCGUGCUCUACUUCAGUCGGUAUUAGUUGCCGACCCGGUUAAAAGACCGACUGCUAGUGAGUUGUACUGCUGCUCAUGGCUGCUGGAAGCACAAAACCCCGAUCUACAGUAUAAAUCUGCACUACGAAAGUCAUUUGAAGCGUGGCCAGGGAUAACACCAGCAAUUUGCAGAGUGCUGGCAGAGUACUACGAUGUCCAGCUAAGACCUUUCAGUCUGGAUCGAGCUAAAAGCCGUUCAGAGCAACUCAGACGGCUGAGUGCUUUUAUCGACCUCGCUACUGCAGAGUCAAGCCGCCAGUUUGAGGAACUCGUCGGCAGCCUACCAUCAUUGUCGCCGGGCAGUGCUGGUUUGAAACAAAAGGAGAUGACGGAUCGUGAAUUUCCUGAAUCUGCCCUGCAAGUCGUCGAAUCUUCGUCGACACAGCACAAGCAACAACUGGAAAAACUGAUUGGGCUCGUGAAGUCAUCGCUCGAAACGCGCACCCAACGUUGA